UGCUGUGAUGUUUUUUUAGUCUGGAAUAGUGCUCUUGGUUCUAAAUCCCUAACUAGUGCCAAAAUAUGUAUUAAAUUUUCUAUUUUUAGGGAAUGAAUAAUUAAAUAUUGCACAAAAUGAAUGAUUUUUUAAACAGUGGUAAUAUUGAAAAAAUACAUAUUUAAUUCUGCGAAAAGUUUCACACAAUUUAAUUUAUACGGCACUAAAUGGGAGUAACCCAAGUGAAUCUAUAAAAAGAGCAAACUAUAAGAUGGUUGUGACAAAGCAAUCUGGAGUAAUUUAGCAGGUUAUUUUGUUUAAGUUAUCAAACUAUGCAGAAAAAGCAGAGAUGCCUAGGGACAUUUUAAGUGACAGUCUGGCGGUGCUGCGUAUUAUGGAGCAUGAAGAUGAAGAAAGCUGGCCACUUGAGGAAAAGCCUGCUUGUAAACAACAGGCAGCUAAGAAGUCUGUAAACGCCUCAAAAUCUGCAAAUGAUGAUUGUGCCUGUUAUUAUAAUUAUGGCCUUCGCGAUUCAGUUGCAAGCCGGCAAAAUGAUCCACUAUACCAAUAUAAAACCAGCAGUCUCCCUGCAGCAGCAACUAUUAGCCAUUGGGAUAACUUGGUCUGCUCAGCUAUGCAGAUAUCGCCAGAAGAUAUAGCCAAUCAGCUCUCUAUACAUGACUUGGUUUGUUUCAAGGCUAUACGUCCUGAAGAACUGAUAACGUGCGGCUGGACGAAAUCAAAUAAAGCGACAAUCGCACCAAAUGUUGUUGCCUUUACUAAACGUUUUAAUAGGGUAAGUUUUUGGACCGUUCAAGAAAUCCUAAAUGGUCAAGCGCCGAAAGCGCGAGCUGAGACGUUGGCUCACUUCAUUAAAGUCGCUAAGAAACUCUACGAUCUGAACAAUCUACAUUCGCUCUUCGCUGUCAUAUCAGCUUUACACAGUGCUAGUAUAUACAGAUUGACAAAAACGUGGUCUUGCCUAUCGAAAAAAGACAGGCAGCAAUUCGAUCGUAUGGCCGAGCUAUUUGGCGAAAAGGACAACUGGACGGCCCUACGAAAAUACAUGCACUCGAUACGACUUCCCUGUAUUCCUCAUCUAGGUAUAUUCCUCACUGAUUUAGUAUAUAUCGACAUGGCUCAUCCCCUCCAUUUGGGUUCCCCUCACCGAAACACCAAAAUGGGGGUUGUCCUUGAAACAGUGCAGAGGUACCAGACAUCGGAAUAUGAUAUAAAGCCGGUGCCACACGUGGCAGACUUUCUUAACAGCGUUCGCUAUAUUGAAGAGCUGCAAAAGUUCUUAGAGGAUGACCAAUAUAAAUUGUCCUUAAAACUGGAACCGCCAUCUCCCGUCGGAAGUUGCUCUGGCUCGAAAGAGUCCGUAAAAGAAGUUUCAGCCCAGGGGACAAAUCCAUUCACUCUGUCCCCAUCUCAUAGACUUGGAUCAGGAUCCCUGAGAAUACAGGGGACGUACAACCAAGGGAAAUUUGUUCCAACGCAUAGGAAAAGCCGAUCUCUUGGAUCUAAGUUUCGAAGCGCGAGUUUGCCAAGAAAUUUUCACAAGGUCAAUUUUGGUGUUGGCAUAUUCGGCAAGGGACAACAUGAAGAUAAGGAUGGGAAAACGCCGGCUGGAUCGGUUAAUUUACUGGAUGACACGUUAUUAGAAUCUCCGAGCUCUGUUGUUGCUAAAAUAUCGGAGUCUUUACCAUUUAGUGAUCCGUCAACAUCAGAGCCACUUGGCUGCGAUUUCCAAAGCUACGUACGACGUAAAACGUUAGUAAAAGAAGGAAGGAAGAUAUCUCUGACCGCCUGGCAAAGAUAUUGGCUGCAAAUCACGGCUAAUAUACUAAUAUUCUACGCGUCCAAGUCGUUUAAAGGAACGUGUCGCACGGAUUUUAGUAAGGAUAAAUGUAAAGUGUUAACCCUUCACGCGGGAUGGAGGGCAAUGUGGCUGGAAAGCGAUGCCAGCGAUGGUUUUCAACUCCUCGAUAGGAAUGCCCAUACAAUAUACAAAUUCAAGACUGGUUCUGAAGCGACAGCGAAACAGUGGGUAUCUCGAAUAAAUAAUGUAACGGACAAAAUGGUCCAGCCUUUACCUGCGAAUCUUAUGUCAUUUGAAUAGUGUACGUAAUUUAGUGCUUUAUAGGCAUAUAGGCUUUGACAUAAUAUUGCCUUAAAACAUUUUUUAUACGACAGGUUAUAAGGUGCUUUUUAAAAUGCAAAUUUUAAAAAAUCAUUAUUUUUAUUUACCAGAAUUAUUUAUCGUUUUUUUAUCAAGGUAACAGAAGAAUUAAAGCCUUUAAUUUGAGAAUGAUUUUUUCGUAUAGAACUUGAAUGUUUUGUUUAGACAGCAAUAUUCACGACUGACUGUAUUUAGUCAUGAGAUCAAUUUUCUUUUUAGUUUAGAUUUUGGAAUAUUUCAGCUAGAUUUAGUGUUUAUAUGAACUAUGAGGCUUAGUUAGGUUACGUAAUCUCAGUUUGAUAUUUUAUUGAGUAUGUGGGAUAUAAGCUAUGUUUGCACAGACAAGGUUAAUUAUUGCUAACACAAAUGACGGGAAGAGCAGUUCAGCAAAGUGUAAUGAUAGAGAAUCAGUAGCGCCAUAAGAAGAACUUGAAUUUCGUAAUUUAAGGAACAUACUAUGAGUAUAAAUCGUUUGUUUGACGUAUAGUGCAUGUGCAGCGUGAACCUAACUACUAUAUUUUUAAGAAUAAUAUCUAGUUCUGACUAUAAGGCGUUUUCUUAUAUUGACGACUGAGUGCGUGAUUUUUGUAAUUGCUAUAUUUUGAUGUUCUUGCCAAGGAAAUUUAGAGUAAGUAAAAAUACGUUUUCCCUGCAGUCUAGGAGAAAAUAGGCUAAAACACAGGCAACUAAGCAAAUUUUACUGUACAACUCGACAAAACUGAACAAAUAACUUUAUUUUAUUUUGUAUAUUUACAUAAUUCAUUGAAACAUUUUCAAUAAUAUUUUAAAGAUUAUUCUUUGAAUACAAUGACGUGGUUGUCAAUACUGUUUUAAAAGCCUGAAUAAUAUUGAACGGAGUAAUAGCAAGACAACCAUAAUGUGGUGCAUUCGACACUUUAUAAGACGUUACCGAAUUUUGUUUUUCUUUUCUUUUAUAUUGGUUUAAGUUUAGCAUAGAUUUUGUUUAUUUAUGUUAAAAGCACACUUUCAAUAAUACGGGCUGAAGACUUCUAAAAUCUAAAUUAACUGUAAACCAUUUACUAGUGCUUCGACUAAUCUAAUCAGUAAUGUAUAGGUUUUGUUCAGAUCACAUGUAUUUGUGGUACUACGUCAAUUCCGUAUUAUUGAAAACGCACAGGGUGCAACGCUUUCAAGGAUAAAACAUAUGAGUCCGUUUUAAACAAAUGUUAACCUGCCAAUUAGUUGAACGAGAUAUAAUUGAAUAUGUAUGUGGAACUUGUAAUAAUAAAUAUGGUUCAAGAAGGUCAUAAUUGAAUUAAAAAACGCUCUAAAAUUCUCAGGAAUGUUCUAUAAUCUCAUUAGAUAUGGUUUGUAGGUGACCAUAUAAAUGAGACAUAUAAGAAGUUAAAAUAUUUGCAAAGUAAGUCAAUAUUAGUGAUUGAAUAUGUGAACUGUAUUGUGUUUACUGUCGAAAUUUUGUCACUGAAAGCGUCCAUCGUUGCACUAGAUUUUUUUUAUUUUGUUAUGUUAAUGUUUAUUGUGCUAAGACUUUUCUAUUAAGUUAAAUUUAUACUUUUUUAUCUCUUUGUAAUAAGAGAAAAUUUAUGUUUAAUUUAAUAGAAAUCAAUACUCAUGAAUAAAUCGUGUAUUUUUGUACCGA